AUUCUAUUCAUUAUCAAAAAUGGAAGAAACUAAGAAAUCAUCAACAAAGACGUCUUCUCCCAGGGACAAAACUCCCACGAAAGAAAAAUCUCAUACAAAGUCAAGAUCUUCAACUAAAGAAAAAUCACCUAUUAAAGAAAAGUCAAGUACGAGAGAAAAAUCACCUACGAGAGAAAAAUCACCAGCGAGAGAAAAAUCACCCAUCAAAGAAAAAUCGACAUCAUCAACCAAGUCAAAGGCACCAAAAGAAAAGUCUAAAUCAAAGCGUGAGUCGAUAAGCCCGAAGAAAGACAAAUCUUCAAGCAAGGAAAAAUCCCCAACAAAAGAAAAGACAUCAACCAAAACAACUAUUGAGAAAACAAAGAAGAAAUCCUCCAAAAUCAAAAGCGAUUCCGAGACAGAGGUUAAAAAGAAGAAGAAGAAGAGAGUCGAGACACCUAUAGAUGCGCAACAAAGAAUGGCAAAGGAACAAGCAGAAACAUUAAAAAACUACACCCAAAAUUUUGAAAAGCCAGAAUUAGCAAAGGAUCCAAAUGCUGGUGGCAACAAAGCUCUCAGACUUCGACUUGACCUAAAUUUGGAUGCUGAAAUUACAAUCAAGGCUAAAAUCAAGGGUUCCAUCAUUUUGACUUUACAGUAAUUUCUUUCCAGCCACACGACAAAAAAAGUAUUUCCUAUUUAAGGAAUAUUGUAAAUACGACUAUACAUAAAUAUCCCCCCAUAUCUUAAUUGUAAUAUUACUUAGCAUUGAAUAAAAUCAC